CGAGCCUGUCUCAGGGCAGAUCCAAGUGCCUCCCAACGCAGAGAUGCUCCCGCCGUUGCUCUUAGCCUUGCUGUGGGGUGGGUCGCAGGCUGAGGACUUAAGAUUCCAGCUGCAAGUGCCGAAGGUGGUGAGGGUGCAGGAGGGCCUGUGUGUGUUUGUGUCCUGCACUGUUUUCUACCCCCCGGAUGGCUGGAUUGACUCUACCCCAGCUCACGGCUACUGGUUCAAAGAGGGGACCCACACGGGCACUGGUCUUCCAGUGGCCACAGACAAACAGGAUCGAGAGGUGCAUAUGUGGACCCAGGGCCGAUUCCAGCUCGUUGGCAAUCCCCAGGACAAGAACUGCUCCUUGCUCAUCAGAGAUGCACAGAAGGAGGACGCUGGGAUGUACUUCUUUAGGUUGGAGAGAGGCAAUUAUGUGCAAUUUAAUUUCAUGCAAAGCAAAUUCUAUCUGGAGGUGACAGACCUGACGCAGAAGCCAGACAUCUACGUCCCACAGACCCUGGAGCCUGGGCGUCAAGUGACCCUCAUCUGUGUGUUUAACUGGGACUUUGAGGAAUGCCUGGCCCCUACUUUCUCCUGGAAGGGGGCUGCCCUCUCCUCCCAAGGGACCAGACUGAGAACCUCUCACUUCUCAGUGCUCACCCUCACACCAAGACCCCAGGACCACAACACCGAACUCACCUGUCGAGUGGACUUCUCCAGAAGGGGUGUGAGCACAGAGAGAACCAUCCGACUUAAUGUGGACUAUGCCCCCAAAACCGUGGUUAUCAGCACUUCCCAGGCCAAAACAUCAGCCCUGGAGCCCCAGGCAAACACCCCCUAUCUGGAAGUUCAGAAAGGCCAGUUCCUGCUGCUGCUCUGCGCUGCUGAUAGCGAGCCCCCCGCCACACUGAGCUGGGCCCUGGAGGACAGAGUCCUCUCCUGGUCCGGCCCCUUAGGCUCCAGAACCCUGGAGCUGGUGCUGCCCGUGGUGAAGCCUGGGGACGCCGGGCGCUACACCUGCCGAGCGGAGAACAGGCUUGGCUCCCAGAACCGUGCCCUGGACCUCUCUGUGCAGUAUGCCCCAGAGAACCUGAGAGUGCUGGUCUCCCACGCAAACAGGACAGAAAGCUUCAGGAAUGGCACAUCCCUCCCAGUCCUGGAGGGCCAAAGCCUGCGUCUGCUCUGUGUCACCCAGAGCAACCCUCCAGCCGGGCUGAGCUGGGCCUGGGGGGGACAGACUCUGAGCCCCUCCCAGCCCUCAGACCCUGGAGUCCUGGAGUUGCCUCGGAUACAAACGGAGCAUGAAGGCGAAUUCAUCUGCCGAGCUCAGAACGCACUGGGCUCCCAGCACAUCUCUCUGAGCCUCUGUGUGCACUACCCCCCACAGCUGCUCAGACCCUCCUGCUCCUGGGAGGAUGAGGGUCUGCACUGCUGCUGCUCCUCCCGAGCCCAGCCGGCCCCCUCCCUGCGCUGGCGGCUGGGGGAGGGUCUGCUGGAGGGGAACAGCAGCAACGCCUCCUUCACGGUCACCUCCAGCUCCCACGGGCCCUGGGCCAACAGCUCCCUGAGCCUCAGCGGGGGGCUCAGCGCCGGCCUCAGACUCAGCUGUGAGGCCACCAAUCUCCACGGGGCCCAGAUCGCCACUGUCCUGCUGCUGCCAGAUAAGAAGAGAUUCAUGUCCACAGCAUUCUCUAACGGAGUAUUUCUGGGAGUUGGCGUCACGACCCUCCUUUUCUUGGGCUUCAUCUCGAUCAUCGUGAAGACUCUGAGGAAAAAAGGGACCCAGGCAGAGACUCCGACCCAGGCAGAGACGCCGACCCAGGCAAAGACGUGGCGACCCAAGGCCUCGCGGAGGAGCACGAUCCUGGAUUACAUCAACGUGGUCCCCAACGCGGGUGCCCUGGCUCGGAAUCGGAAGGCCACACCAAGCAGUCCUUCUUGGCCCCCUCCUCCAGAUGCUCACUCCCCAAAACCCAAGAAGAACCAGAAGGAGCUACGUUUUGUUAUCCACAGCAGUCCAGGACCCAAAUCAGCCACUCAAGCCCCAGAAUCAAAGAACAACCAAGAGGAGCUCCAUUACGCUGCCCUCAGCUUCCCAGGCCUUAGACCAUGGGAGACCCAGGCGCCCAAGGAUACCGGCUCAGAGUACGCCGAGAUCAAGUUCCACUGAGGGUCUGCCGGGCUGUAGGACUCGGAUCCAGGCCAGGGAGAAAGGCAGGGCAAUUGAGAGGAUAAGGGAAAGAGUGCCAAGUCUCUCUCUCUCUUUUCUUAAAUUCCUCCAAGGAUGGGUCAUUCCAUCCCAGACCCGAGCAUUUGGAACAGCUUGACAGAUCUCUCCCGAGUGGCUUUCUCCGAAUACGCUCUUCUGAGGAGCACGGAGAAGCUCUUCCUCUGACACACCGAGGCACCUCCCCCAGCUGAUUACUCACUGUGUCACAAUUUCUCAAUGGUGUGACGGCUUUAAAGAUGCUUAAGCAGUCAUCUGUGAGGUUGGCAACUACCCUCACAAGCUUGGCCUCAUGCCUAUUUUCAUACCACCCAUGAGCUAAGAAUAAUUUUUAUAUUUUAAAUGGUUUGGGGGGGAUCAAAAGCAGAAGACUGCUUUGUGAUGCGUGGAAAGGAUAUGAAAUUCAAAUGUCAGAGUACGUAAAUAAAGUUGUUUUGGAGCACA